AUGGCUUUUUGGCAGCCUACGUUAAUGACACAUCCUGGAUCAAUAUAUUCUCAAAAUAAUGGAUCAGUAAUCCAAGGUAAAGUGAUUUCGAAUGAUCUAACACGGAUAUUUCGUGGUGAUGAAAUACUUUCCGUCUCCAUUAAUGAUACAUCUGUAGCGGAUGCGCCGAGCAGAACACUUGCUAAACAAGUGAUUCAACUCCAUCGAGGACAGCAAUUUCCAAUUCGAUACACGGUCAUAUUUAAUAAAUCUCGAAUGCCAAUGGAUCUCAAUCGAUUAGUGGCUUCGGGUGGUAUAACGAUGAGUGCAACAAUUGAGAGAAGCGGACAGUUGUUGUAUAUUAAUGAUACAAGAAUAUCAUUGAAGAAUAAUAGAAGAAUACCGGUGAUCAGAGUGAAAUGA